AUGUUUGCGUACCCAACAUUCUCCAACAACAACUAUCCUUUGGCAAACACAAAGCCACAAGCUCCACAAUCUCCACCAGCAACAACAUCCACCAUAUAUGAUGAUGGAGCCUUUGUAUCAAGCGAAUACAAGACGUAUCCAGUGGAUACAACGAUCCAGCACUGGCAGUUAAGGAAUCUCAUCCAUUGCCCCAAAGCACACAACGUGCUUCAUCCACAACCCAACGCAUUGAAUAUGUUUAACACAAAGACCGGAGAGGACACUACCAUCUUAUCCGAUCUUCCUUUUACCCCAACCACCAUGGACACUGCGUUUGGAUAUAUUGCGAUUGCAGGGCCACGAGGCAUGGGCAUGGUGAAAGAGCUGUCGGGAUCAUGGUCGGCUCAUUUCACCGCAGGUCCCGGAAUGAACAACUCUAUCACCUUAUCCAAACACCAUAAUGAGGUCAGGGUAACGGUGUGCAACAAUGACCAAUCGGUGUGCAUUAUGUCGGUGCCCAACAUGGAAAAGAUCACAACAUUGAAAAUGCCAGCAGCUAUCAAUCAUGCAUCUGUCAGCCCAAAUGGUCGUAUGAUGUUGAUGGUGGGCGACAAUGGAAUGGUGUACCUUUACGAGAUCACAGCAUCAGAUGACUACAAGCAAAUGGCCGUAUAUCAAGCUUCAGAAGAACCAGCCUUGUCAUGCGCAUGGAAUCAAUCAUGUGACAAGUUUGCAGUGACAUCGCAGGACGGCAUCAUGAGUAUUUGGCAGGUCGGCAACCCGGAACCACUCCACAAAGUUGCUUCGACCGAGACACGUAAAACACGCAAGGCACCCCGUGCUAUCCAAUUCAGCAAAGGCCCUUUGGACUUAUUGGCCUAUUCAGAACAUGUAUCCACCGUCAACAUUAUUGACACCCGGACAUUUGAAACUCGCCAAUUGGUGCGAUUAUCACCACGCCGUGACAUGGAUUAUCAUAUCAGUGGUAUGAGCUUUUCUCCUGACAAUCGUUAUCUUUAUGUGGGAUUUGAGGAUGCCAUUAUUCAACUUGAUGUUGACGUUUGUGCACGUCGCCAAUUUGGCAGCUCACGUCUUUGUUAA